AUGGAGGAACCACAAGAACUUCGUCGCCACAGCAAUGUCGACGACUUGGUGACUCUGGAGGCGAUGGGACAUAAACAGGAGUUACAGCGGAAUUUCUCCAAAAUCUCCAUGUUGGGUCUGGCUUUCGCCAUUCUAAACACUUGGACCGCUCUUUCGGCUUCUAUCACCCUAGCCCUGCCUUCAGGUGGGCCCAGCUCCGUAAUAUGGGGGUUGAUUGUGGCUGGCUUGUGCAACCUGUGUCUGGCAGCGAGUUUGGCUGAAUUUCUCAGUUCCUAUCCAACGGCAGGCGGGCAAUAUCACUGGGCUGCCAUUGUCAGCUCGAGUCGCUGGUCCCGUGGUAUCAGUUAUGUCACAGGCUGGAUCAACGUGUCGGGCUGGGUGGCUUUGACGGCCACAGGACCCUUGCUUGGCUCAAGUUUCGUCAUCGACAUCAUCACGUUCCUGAACCCCAGUUACGAGUCGGCAACCUGGCACGAGUUCCUCAUUUACAUCGCCUUCACGGCUAUUGCCUUAAUUAUCAACACCUUCGCCACACGACUGCUUCCCAUGUUUAACCAGGCUGCCUUCUUGUGGUCAAUCGCUGGAUUCAUCAUUAUCAGCAUCACCAUUCUCUCGUGUGCGGCCCCGAAUUACCAAAGCGGCUCGUUCGUUUACGGCGAGUUCAUCAACGAAGUUGGCUGGCCUGAUGGAGUGGCGUGGAUGCUUGGAUUACUUCAAGGAGCAUUCGCGUUAACCGGGUUCGAUGCGACAGCGCACAUGAUCGAAGAGAUUCCUAAUGCUCAGAUCGAAGGGCCGAAGAUCAUGUUGUAUUGCAUCGGAAUCGGCAUGUUCUCUGGCUUCAUCUUCCUCAGCUGUUUGCUGUUUGUUCUCAAGGACAUUGAUAACGUCAUCGAAUCAGCCGCCGGCCCUCUCCUCCAGAUCUUCUUUGACGCCACGGGGAACUCGGCCGGGAGUGUUUGCUUGCUCAUCUUCCCUCUCAUCUGCAUGGUCUUCACCUCGACUGCAUUGAUGACGACGAGCGCGCGUAUGACGUAUGCCUUUGCUCGGGAUCGAGGACUACCCUUUAGCCGCGUAUGGGCCAAGGUCCACCCCACACUGGACGUGCCCCUGAAUGCGCUUCUGUGGACUACCGGAUGGGUUAUCAUCUUUGGUCUGAUCUUGCUGGGAUCCAGCAGUACCUUUAAUGCGAUCACAGCAGCAUCUGUCGUCGCUCUUGGGGUUACUUACGCGAUCCCGCCUGCCAUUAACUUGCUCCGCGGUGGAAACAUGUUGCCUGAAACUCGGUCUUUCAAGCUCUCUACCCCAAUGAGAUGGUUCUGCAGUUUGGUCGGCAUUGCUUGGUCCAUUCUGACUACCGUCUUGUUCGUGUUCCCGCCGGAACUGCCAGUCACCCCUGGCAAUAUGAAUUACUGUAUUGCGGCAUUUGGGAUUAUCCUGUUUAUUGCCGUAAGCACUUGGAUUGUCGACGGCAGGAAAAAUUACCGCGGCCCGCAUGUGGAUAUUGACGCUCUGGUCAAGGGCGCGGACAGUGCAUCCGUGGAUGAGACGAAUCCUACUUUUAAGGAGGCAAUGAAGAAUUAG